AUGGGAAACAUGAGCACUGUUGUUGGUGAUGGUGGUAGAAGAGGACGUUCCGUGGUGAAGGAAAGAGUAGACGAGGCCAUGGACACCACCCAAGUUGCAAUGCAUGGAGGAAUAAAGACAGUUGGGGUAGAGCAGCUUUGCGACUUCUCGGGUAAUUCAGUUCUUUGCAUGAGCAUAGUGACUUGGAACAUGAACGGGAAGGUCUCCGACGAGGAUUUAGCAGAGCUCGUGGGUGAUAACAGGAAGUUUGAUCUUCUUGUGGUUGGCCUGCAAGAAGUACCACGAUGCAAUGUUGCUCAAUUACUGCAAGAAACUUUGGCUGAAACACACAGUAUUCUAGGAAAAGCCAUUAUGCAAUCUCUGCAACUAUUUGUGUUUGGGCCUAAGAAUUCCGAGCACUUCAUCAAUGGCAUAAAGGUUGAUAAGCAUGCUCUUGGGGGAUUUGGAGGAUUGAUCAGGCGAAAGAAGGGGGCAGUAGCAGUCAGUUUGAGCUACAAAGGAAUCCGCAUGGUUUUCAUAUCCUGCCAUCUUUCAGCUCAUGCACAUAAUGUGGAGGUGAGGAAUUCUCAGUUCAGGCACAUAUCACACUCCCUCUUCUCCAAGAAUCAGAAUCCUUAUGCAAGACCAUCUCACAUUACAGUGUGGCUGGGGGAUCUCAACUACAGAAUACAUGGGAUUGACAUGCUUCCAGCAAAAAGAUUGAUAAAAAAGAAUCUUCAUGGUAUGCUUACUAGCAAAGAUCAACUGCUACAAGAGGCUGAAAGGGGACAAAUAUUCAAUGGAUACAGCGAGGGGACCCUGGCAUUCAAGCCAACUUAUAAAUAUAAUAUCGGAACUAACAACUAUGAUACAAGUUACAAGGUACGAGUACCUUCUUGGACUGAUAGGAUCUUGUUCAAGAUAGAGGAGUUUGGAAACGUUGAUGCAUCUUUACACUCUUAUGAGUCAAUGGACAACAUCCAUAGUUCAGAUCAUAAACCAGUGAAAGCUCAUCUCUGUUUAAAGGUUCAAAAACUAGAACAAUCUACCCCUAGCUAA